UUGAGAACAAAUCGAUUGGUGUACGAGAAUCGAUACAUUUGAGUUUGCACAAAAGUAAGUGGUUAAUUUUUUAAGAAAAAUACAGGGAAAAUGCUCAAAGCUCCAAAAAAUAUUGAUAAUUAAUUCCAAGUAAUUAAUUUCAAGUGUUUCACGGUGAAUUUUCUGGCACUUGCUCUACAAAAUAAUGCAUUCCUCCAUAUUUGCGUUAAAAAAAUUGUCUACGUGUAGUUCCAGCUGAUGAGCUGUAUGUCGUGUCAUAUUCUGUGAAAUUUCCCAAUAAAACGUAUAUUUUCAUAUUGAAUCAGAAGUGUAAUUGCACAAAUAUCAAUAAUUCAAUGCGUAAUUCUACAGGUGUGAAACGUGAAUUAGUAGUGACAGGAUGAAUUUAAUAAAAUGGGACCAAUUGGAGGGUAGUCUGGCCCCUUUAUCAAACAGUCAACGAGAGUGGAUCGAGACAUUGGAAGAGAGAGUCUCCAAAACACUGGCCAGCGAUAGUGACGCGCUGCUUGUUGAGAAAAAUAUUGACGAGAAAGAAAUCCACUUGAAGGAUAGAAAAAUUGACAGCUGCCACGAGCUCCUCCAGUCCUACGCGCUAUUGGAAUCGAGAUACGAGUCGACAGAGUACAAAAGAUACUGCAUAUACCUGAAAGAGCUGAAUAUUCGCAAAGAUGAUUGCAACAGUUUAUGCAUGGACAUUGAAAAAGCUCUGGAGGACAUGUCCGCCUUGUCCACCCAGUAUGGAAUUGUCUCCAACAAGACAAUGUCCCUUCACUCAGCAACAGAGCAAUUAAUCGCCGAACAGGAAAAGCUGAACGAAAUAGGAAAUGAGAUAACGAGAUACGUAAAAUAUUUCAAAGAGGCCGAUCUGAUUAUGGACAAGCUGGAGUCUGCGAAUUUAUCAGUGCGCAGUGAUACAUUUAUUCAGAUAACCGACAAGAUCGAGACGAAUAUUGAUUUCAUGGAGAAAAAUGAUAAGUUUAAAGAAUCCCCGGUGUAUCUCGUGAAAUACAGACACUGCCAGUCAAAAGUCAUUGGAAUGAUGCAUCAGUGGAUAAUGAAUUUAUUGGAUGAGGCUACUGACAGCAUUUUGAGCUCCUUACCCACAUCAGAAUCCUCUGGAGAAGAUCCAAUAUAUCCGGACGCUGAUACACAGACUCUGGCUUUGUUGUACGGAAGGUUCCAGAGAAUUUUACCCAAGAUAAAGCCCAUUAUUACAAUUAUUGAGAAACGAUCUUUUAAACGACAGGAAUAUGAUAGCCUCUUGCUGGAAUGCCAUCAGAGGUAUCUGAUGAAAAGAGGUGGUGUUAUAAGUGCAAGUGUCCAAAAAGGCCUUCAAUCAGUAAAGGAAAAAUACAAUGGAGAUCAUUGCAGUUUCGUACGUCACGCUUGCUCCCUCCUGCUGCACGCAUCGAUAGACGAACACCGGCUGUUCUAUCAAUUUUUUGAGAAAAAGUCUCAUUUUUUGGCUGGCUAUCUCGAGGGUCUCUGCACUUCUCUGUACGAUAUCCUGAGGCCGUCAAUCAUCCAUAUCAAUCACCUGGAGACUCUCGCCGAGAUCUGCUGCAUCCUGAGAAUUGAAAUGCUAGAGGAGCACGUGCAGAAUCACAUGGAGGCCCUCGGGGGCUUCGGAAAUAUCUGCCUCCAGCUUCUCCACGACGCACAAGAGCGCCUGGUCUUCCGCACGCAUCUGUAUUUACAAUCGGACAUUCUGGGAUACAAUCCGUCCCCUGGAGAUCUCGCCUAUCCCAAUAAAUUAAAAAUGAUGGAGGACAUAGCAGAGUCACUGCGCGAGGAAAACCGUCAAGCAAAAAUCAAGAAGAUAUCUGUCUCAUCGAUAUCCUCAGUGUCUUCCGUCAUUUCUAAUCAAGAAUUAGAAACCCCCAAGUUUAUUCCAAUCGUUGGAUUCGAACCAAUCCACAAAUUAUCUGGUCCAGUCUCUUCAUUCAAUCUCGUCAACAAUUCCCCAGCUGACCUCCAUGGCAUGUGGUAUCCAACAGUCCGAAGAACUCUCGUCUGUCUGUCAAGGCUGUACAGAUGCGUUGAUCGUCCAGUAUUUCAAUCACUCAGCAAAGAGGCUAUAAAUUUUUGCAUAGAGAGCAUCGAAAAAGCCAAGGAGAAGAUCGAGGCACGAGCAACACCACUCGAUGCACAAUUAUUUCAAGUGAAGCAUCUACUCAUUCUCCGAGAGCAGAUCGCACCAUUUCAGGUAGACUUCACUGUCAAGGAGUAUUCACUGGAUUUUUCCAAAGUUAAAACAGCCGCUUUCGGAUUACUCGAGAGGAGAUCGAGGGUCUUUGCACUAUCGAAUAAUGCACUCCUGGAAUUUUUGCUGGAGGGGGCACCCAGGAUGAAGGAGCACCUCAUUGACUCCAGAAAACAUGUGGAUUCGAAGCUCAAAGCUGCUUGCCAGAUGUUGAUUCAGCACUGCACGAAGUUGCUCGUUGAUCCCAUCGAUAAAUUACUUGGAUCCAAUACCAAUGCUAGUAGUGCUAGUCCUCAAAAGACCAUCCAUCAAUCAACUAAAGUCCAUCCUCAAGUUGUGGCUCAAGUUGUCAGUGAAGUACUGAGACUCAUCAAGUUCCAGCUGCCCAGUAUUCAACAGUCGAUGCAAUUGUACUUGGCUAAUCGAGAGACUGAAUCCAUCUUGUUUAGACCCAUUAGGAAUAAUAUUGUCGGAAUUUUCACACAAUUGUCCCAGUGGCUGCAUGGAAAUUACUCCAGCGAGGAGCAGCUGCUCAUAGCUUGUCCUCUACCUGAACAGGUGUCCAUCAUGUUGAGCUCUUCGAGUCUUGCACACACCUCCAAUUAUUCUUCAACUCAGGAACAUCAUCCCCCGGUUACCACUGCUGUAGCUGGUACUGCUACUAUCUGAUUAUGGUCAAAGGAAUCGUAAUUCGUAAAUCGAGGAAAAUCAUCUAGGGAAAUGAUUCUGAAAAGUCAACGUGAAUGGAUGGCAAGGUUUUCACAAUUUAAUAAUCAAUCAUUUAUGUUAUAUUCUUAUAUAUUUAUUUAUAAACAAAAUAUACAGGAUGAAAUAAAUACUUUUCAAAUUGUUGAACUUCUAAGUAACAAAUGUAAUAGUGUAAAAAUGUAAUAUAUAUUUCUGAUUAUUAGAGACA